AGUGGCUGGUUUGUAUUAAUGGUAAUGUGGAAGGCAGCUGUUUAUCAGAGACUGGUAAAGGUGUUGGGAAAUCUAAAGGAUUAACUGCGUGAAAAAAAAGCAACGCAACCAAAAUUACCUUGCGGUGAGGAAAGACAAAGCAAUGAAGCAGUAGAGAUGAUCCCUCUGUUGAUUUUGAUAAUGGCAGCAGUGGCUGAUGCGUGCACAAAUAACUGUUCGAACCCCUCCAGGGAUUACUGCUACUCUGCUCGGAUCCGCAGCACUGUGUUGCAGGGCCUGCCCUUCGGAGGGGUCCCCACUGUGCUGGCGCUGGACUUCAUGUGCUUUCUGGUUCUACUGUUUGUGUUUUCAAUUUUGCGAAAGGUUGCCUGGGAUUAUGGACGGCUUGCUUUGGUGACAGAUGCAGACAGACGGAGGCAGAGUCACAGACAUUACAAAGAAGAGCGAAAAUAUGUGGCAUCGGCAGUCCAUUCUGAAAUGCCCCAGAGUUAUGAACGACUAACGUCAGUCUCCAGUUCAGUAGACUUUGACCAAAGAGACAAUGGAUUCUGUUCUUGGUUGACUGCCAUCUUCAGAAUAAAGGAUGAUGAGAUCCGAGAGAAAUGCGGGGGUGAUGCUGUGCAUUACCUUUCAUUCCAGCGACAUAUCAUUGGACUGCUGGUUGUUGUGGGGGUCUUGUCUGUGGGAAUUGUAUUGCCUGUAAACUUCUCAGGAGACUUGCUAGAAAAUAAUGCAUAUAGCUUUGGAAGAACAACUAUAGCAAACUUAAAUUCUGGGAAUAACUUGCUGUGGUUGCACACUUCCUUUGCAUUUCUUUACCUAUUACUGACAGUAUACAGUAUGAGGCGGCAUACCUCAAAAAUGCACUACAAGGAAGAUGACUUGGUAAAACGUACUUUAUUUAUAAAUGGAAUUUCUAAAUAUGCUGAAGAGGAGAAAAUAAAGUUACAUUUUGAACAUGCUUAUGAGAACUGCAAAGUGCUGGAGGCGCGCCUCUGUUACAAUGUGGCCAAACUCAUGUCUGUUGAUGGGGAUAGAAAAAAGGCAGAGCGUAGCAGAAAAUUUUAUGCUGACUUGUGGGAAAAAGAACACAUCCACACCAUGAUCAACCCCAAACCGUGUGGACAUCUGUGCUGCUGUGUGGUCAAGGGAUGUGAGAAGGAGGAGGCUGUAUAUUACUAUACCAACCUGGAGGCCAAGCUGAAAAAAGACUACUUAAGGGAGAAGGAGAAGGUGUGUGAGAAGCCCCUGGGGAUGGCCUUCGUCACUUUCCAGAACGAGUCAAUGACUGCAAUUAUACUGAAGGACUUUAAUGCUUGUAAGUGUCAGGGCUUUAAAUGCAGAGGAGAGCCUCAGUCCUCACCAUACAGUGGAAGCCUUCAUGUGCACGACUGGACAGUCAUCUACGCCCCUGACCCUCAGAAUGUGUACUGGGAGAACUUGUCACUCGGAGGGCUGUCUUGGUGGCUGCGCUGCUUGGUCAUCAAUUGUAUCCUCUUCCUUCUACUAUUCUUCCUCACUACUCCUGCCAUCAUCAUCACCACUAUGGACAAGUUUAAUGUCACCAAGCCUGUUGAGUAUUUAAAUAACCCAAUUAUCACCCAGUUUUUCCCCACGCUCCUGCUGUGGUCAUUCUCUGCUCUCCUGCCAACUAUUGUUUACUACUCUGCCUUCUUUGAAGCACAUUGGACAAGAUCGGGAGAGAACAGAACAACCAUGCAUAAAUGUUACACCUUCCUUAUAUUUAUGGUCUUGCUAUUGCCUUCUCUGGGACUCAGCAGUUUAGAUCUUUUCUUCCGCUGGCUGUUUGACAAGAAAUUCUUAGCAGAUGCGGCAGUCAGGUUUGAGUGCGUCUUUCUCCCUGACAACGGAGCUUUCUUUGUGAACUAUGUCAUUGCCUCUGCUUUCAUCGGUUGUGCUAUGGAGCUGCUGCGAAUCCCUGGACUGCUGCUGUACAUGAUCCGUCUAUGCCUGGCCAGAUCAGCAGCUGAGCGGCGCAUUGUAAAAAGACGCCAAGCGUAUGAGUUCCAGUUUGGGUCUGCCUAUGCCUGGAUGAUGUGUGUUUUCACCGUUGUCAUGACAUACAGCAUCACUUGCCCCAUUAUAGUCCCUUUUGGAUUGAUGUAUAUGCUACUGAAACACCUGGUGGACAGAUACAACAUGUAUUAUGCAUACUUGCCUGCCAAGCUGGACAAGAAAAUCCACUCUGGAGCGGUUAACCAAGUGGUGGCUGCACCAAUCCUCUGUCUCUUCUGGCUGCUGUUUUUCUCCACUGUUAGAACAGGAUUUCUGGCUUCAACGUCCAUGUUCACCUUUGUGGUGCUGAUCAUCACUAUUGUCAUCUGCCUUUCUCACGUCUGCUUUGGACACUUCAAAUAUCUCAGUGCUCACAACUACAAGAUUGACACACAGGAAAUAGACGUGGACAGUGUUGAAAAUGGACAACCUCCAGAGUCUUCUCAGUCUCCACCUAAAUCUGCGAUGUACAUCGCCCAGGUUCUGCAGGAUCCCAACUCUGACGAGGUGUCUGCAGCGGGCAGUGGCGACGAUGAGCAGGGUUCCAACGACGAGGAGCUGAUCAAUCCGCACGGCAGCCUCAACGAGGAAGACUUCCAGUCUGGAGAGGACAGUCUGAUAGCCAACGAGGUUCUAGCAAACCAAUAACUGGUAGACGAAACUCGGAACAGGAGGACCAAGUGCCAUACAGACUUAUUUACACCAAACCAACAGCUUGUAAUUAGAUUCAGGAAUCUUGCAGAUACAGGUCUGUCUGUUUGCACCGGUAACUGCCCAUCUCACACACACACACACACAUACACACACACACACACCUGUUCCAAUCUGCCCUGCACAACUCCCUCUACAAUUUUAUAUUUCUAAAGAGAUGGAUGGAUGGAAGGAGCUGCAGCUGGAAUAUCGGGGUCCUUUUUCUAAAUAAAUGCUGGGCAACAAAAAAAUAAAUAAAAAAACAAAGAGUUUAUAACCAAGGAAGAAAAAAAUUGUUAGUGACUGAAUGCAUUGCAUAGCUCUCUGACUAAAUUUCACAGCAGGCGUUUGAGGUUUGUAAUAUAAUGAUAUAAAUAUGUGAAUAAUGUUAACAGUGCCCCCAAUAUGCAAAUACAUUUGUUUAUAGAUAAUAAUGUUGCUUUAUUUAUUUAAAUGCUAAUUAAUCACGUCUGUGGACAGGAGGUUAGCAGAUAAUUUAGGAUUUAUAAAAGGUCGUUGCAACCUGUUACUGUGUGUGAAAUCCUGCGAAUCAGAAACAAUCGUGCUGCAUGCUCUAGCAUUCAUAUGUCCCAGGAGGACUGAAAACACUUUGUGCUCUCUGUAGAAAAUGCUUUAUGAUGGCAUAAAAAUAGUAAGUGUUAUCCAGUGCUGUUUUUAUACUAUUACCAAAAAUGUAAAGCUGAAUACUGCUGUACAUUCAUUAGAAAUGAUUUGGUCAGCAGUAUUCAGGGCUUAUUUUUAAGAUCAUUAUCUGUCUGUAUGGUACCUGGGCCAGCCACACAAUAAUUUUUAUUUUAUUGGUUCUGAGACGCUAACAUUGAUGCCAAUGAUGCCGCAACAGCAGUGACCGGCUAAAUAUGACUUGGAAUUGUAUUGCUUCUAGGACUAAGCUGAACCGUGUUUUAGACAGACAGACUGAAAGUAGCACUAACUUUCUAAUCAACCAAAAAAUGCACUGUUUUCCUCCUAAUCUAGAUACACUAGUAAAAAGAAAAGGGUCCUCAUAUAUGAACUGUGAAUUAAGAUUCAUGAAGCACACUUCAGGGUGGUUACUUGACCCUUCUAUAGCAUCUUGAACAAGCACUGGGAAUGUUGAGCAGUAACCAAUAAAUAGUAAAGAACCUUCAGCCGUAAAGCAUGUGCACUAAAUUGUGGCAAGGUGACCAAGUACGAUCACGUUCUCAUUUCAUAGAAAAAGUACAAAUAUAUAGAUCCAUUUGAAAUGGUGUGCAGUGCUUAUGUUGUGAAGUAAAUAAAACAAUAAGCAAGA